AUAUUAUUCGAGUUUUACUUACACAUAAGAAUGAGGAAAGUUACAAAGUGUGUAAUGCUCUAAAAAAAAAAAAAAGAAAGUUUAAGCAAUAACAUUGUUUUUAAGACGUUUUAAGUGAAAGAACGAAAGGAGAAAACAUUUUAUAAACUAUUCUUUUUAAGUGAUGUAUGUAAUUAUGUUGCUCUCUCUCUCUCUCUCUCUCUCUCUCUCUCUCUCUCUCUCUCUCUCUCUCUCUCUCUCUCUCUCGAUCCCUAUACCUCUCUUCUGUGUCUCUGCUUGUCUCUGUGUCUCCUUGUAUUUGUCCAUGUCUGCCCGUCUGUUUAUCUGUUCGUCUGUCUCUCCCCUCUCUCUCUCUCUCUCUCUCUCUCUCUCUCUCUCUCUCUCUCUCUCUCUCUCUCUCUCUCUCUCUCUCUCUCUCUAUCUCUCUCUCUUUUCUCUCUCUCUCUGGUGCCUAAUGUUACUAUAACGCAACUGAGGACACAAAUGAAAGUGAGUUCUCUUUAUCACCCGAGAUUCAAUGAAGAAAUGGUGUAAAACACAAGGGGCAUAACUGAAAAUCAGUCCAAACAGUCCAAACACGACUGUGCCUGUUCUUUCAUUUAUUGUGUCCUUCGUUGCUUUUAGUACGCCUAUUUGCAUUUUCUCUAUCGAAUAGGCUGUCUGAAAGCAACAUAACUUACAACUAAAAGGACGUGUAUGCGCUGUGCGUCACACAGAAGUAGUUUAUUUUACUCGAUUUAACUAAUGAACAUAUUAGCCAACGGUCUACAAUCGAACAAUUAUCUAAAUUACACAUAGUCUGUAAUUCGCCUUAACUCCAGAAGGUGUUACUCCUGGGUACUAUAACUAAAUUUUCAAAGUAUUUUGCUUGAGAUUUACGCUUAAACAAAACAAGCAACAAUUGCGCUAACGGCAAGAGCCAGCAAGCUGAAAUAGCUCAAAAUCAAGGAUUCUGUAUAGGGAAGUUGAACUCAUCAAGAGAUAGGCUACACGCUGAUCAAAUCGCACCCUAACAGUUCCUCGAAAUAUAUUUGUUGCGCGGUCAGUCGGCCUCCUGCCUCGCAAUUGGAAGACAUUUUCACCUGCGCCCGAUGUGAUGUGUUAAAUAAAGAGGUGAAACUCGGGUUUCAAAAUUAGGCCCAGAUGGCAAAAUAAAACAACCUAAAAUGGCAAAAGCGUGCAAAAAUGGAAGCCCUUGGGGGGAAAAUGAUACCCCCCCCCCCCCCAAUCCAUCAGAAAACCCUAAAGCGCCUCAAAGUAGCAGCUUCAAUCAAUUUGGCAAACCUUCUGCUUCACACAGAAUUGUCUACCAACUGUUUUCCUGUGGUGUUGCUGGUGUCACGAAAAAGAAAUAAUCAACUGCACCUCCAGCUUCUGUGUAUUGUUUCUAUUUACAAUACCUUGCUUCACGCAAUACAUUUUACAGCCUGUCACUCCAUAUGCUUCAUUUUGCUGCCAAAAAGUUUCGGAGUAGGGAAUCGACCAACAACGCAGCUGGUAAUGCAAAAAGUAGGUGACCAAGGUGAGCAUGUUAACUGGUAGACAGAAACUAAGAAUGAAAUCAUGUGUAGCAGUCUUUAAACUUUAAGGGUGGAGUAUCUCUGGACCCCCCCCCCCCCCCCUCCCCUCUCAGAAAGGAAAUACCAAAUAUAAAAAAGAGAUAGUCAUUCAUUUAGCCUCGCCUAUUUGAACUUUCCUUCUAUGUCGUGUCUGAACGCAAACUUAUUAGCACACCGAGAAACUGAAAACACCUGACACAGUAUAAUAAAGACUGAUCAUCGGUGGAAAUGCCGUUUCUCGCUAACUGGAUCGCCACGAUCCUUACAUCGAGCUUUUAAAUAUUUAUAGUUAAAAUUCUUUCAUGCUAGAAUGUGAUCAUCUUUCUUCGUACUUUUCAAUGCAGCGCUUAUUCCUUUCAGACUUUUAAGUAAUCCACACUUUUCGCAUUUUCGGUGAACGGAAGUUCUUGUUACUAUCAACGUAUUUGGAAACGACAAUGUUUACAACAGUUCGCGUUCUCAAGAUGGAAGUGGAAGCUUGUUUUAGACAGGUCAAGGGCCAAGAAGACCGCACUCUCUCACGUAGUCAUCGUUAAGUCUCUUCACCUCUCAAUACAAUGGACAGACGAAGUAGCUGGCGACACUAUAGUAAAUCUCUAAUCGAGGAACUGAAAGAAAAGUUAGAAGACAGGCGGACAAGAACCCUUGAACUUCUCAAAAACAGCAGCGAUCUGGAAACAUUACAAGAAGUUGACUCAGAAAGUGACGGGCUGGAUGACACUAGCACCAACUUGACUAAUAAUCAUGGCAAAUUCCUCUCUGAAUUCUCCGGUCCACAAGGUGUAGACCAGGAGACUUUCUCCGAAACCAGUUCUCUUGCCCAGUCAGAGUACAGUGCGGAUUUUUGCAGUCCGGACGGGGAAGAUUCUAUUUAUUCAUCAGAAUGGGGGGAAGCAAACGUACCCCACCGCACACAACAAAGUAGUCAGGGCGUGUAUCAUCAAUGUGAAAAUUUAAGAGCUGUGAACGGUAAAUAUUGGGAAAGUCAAGCUCGUGAAAGCGUUGAUGAAAACUUGAGUAAGGACACUCUGUGUGGUGAUAGUGAAUCCUUUCAGACUGACAGUGUUGCUACUUUGUGUGAGCAAGACGUGACACUUACCACCAAAUAUGAGAGCAUUGGGGAGCUGGGUAAUAAAUCAGCAGUGAGGAAUUCUUUCCUCAAACCACACAGCGAUGCUCCUGAAGUGUCUUUAAUAUCUGUCAAGGCUUGUAACAGACAGUCGCAUGGAUGGAAUUAUGAAAGCGACGAUACGUCCCCGGAGAUUCAGGAAGAAACACUCAGACCGAAAGGAUCAUGUAAGCCCAGUGCUUGUAAAAGUGAAAUCACAGUUAAGCAUCUGACUGGUAAUGAGAUAUCUCGUCCCCACUCUUUGUCAAUGACCGACGUUGGUAAUAACCCAAAACAUCAUUCAUUACAUGGGCCAAAUUUGAUAUUUUUUUCAAACAAAAGUGCUGUUAUUGCUCAGACAGUGGAGCGCUGUGAUCGCCUUGUGCAAAAUGAACUCAAUAGGGUUAUUAGCAACACUAUUCAAAGCUGCCUAAGAAUUAGAUCAACUACGACUUCACAAAGUAGUAGUCCUAAUAAUUACGCAGAGGAUGGAGACUGUACGCAUAUGGCCCUUGUGAGGUGUCAAUCUUAUUUCCCUCAAGGAGACGACAAGAGCAAAAAAGGCGAUUUAGGAGCGAAGACAGAUAUAGAUGACGAUAGAAAUUGUGAGAGUGAGGCAUUGGGUUUGUUUGAUUUGACACAAGAGCACACUGGCAAUCCUGAAAAUAAUACAGAUCAAAUAACCUGCCUUUUUAAAAAGAUUUCAAAUAUAAUACUUCAUGGGAAUAAAAUGUCUCCCGCAAUCGACAGUAAUUUGUUGCCAUUUAUAAGACAUCAGUCUUCAGCCGUAGAAAACUGUAUUAGUUCUGGUUAUACCAAUGUCUCAGCAAACAGUGGCAAUUUUGAUAAAGACUGCACAUCUGAAUCUUUCGCUAAAGAUGGAUUGAACACGAAACAGUAUGGAGACAAGUUAGGUAUUGGGCAAGAGAAUAAAACAGCUCAUGGAGUAAGAACAUACGAAAAUACUACAAGGGUGAGAGAGACUAAAGAGAAAGAGAAAGACAAUUCCCUCAAUGAAAUGAACUAUGCAGAUGAUAAAGUCGAAGGAAAGAUUUUUCAAGCGUCAACGAAAACUUCGUUUCAAGACCGAAUAAGCACACGACCCCCUUCUGGUUUGAACAGCAAAUGGAUCAAAGCCGCAAAACCUAAAGGCGUCACUGCUCCACAAUUUGGCUUAAAGAGAGAAAAGACUUUUGUUGUGGAGGACUUAGACUCGUGCCAAGUUUCACCUAUCAAACGAACGUCGACGUUUCUCAUUUCUAGUCCUUGUGACUCCGAAGUCGAAGAUACGGGCACUCAUCGUGAAAUAUACAGCGAUUUGGUUCCAACUAACCCAGAAGCAUCUGCAACAAAGUCUUCAACGCUAGGAUACGCUUCUAAAGAAGAAGAAUUGGAGCACCUUGAGACAAGGGCACCUCAUUCGUCUCCAACCUUUCUCGUAUCUGAGGACAUCCCCUCCACAGAUAAAGUUCCGUUAGCUUCUCGAGACAUUACCAGCACACCCAAAGAGUCGAUAGAGGCACCAGGGCCAACUACAGUGUCAAAAGAAAAUGAUACUUGUUUUGACGUCCAAAAAUCUCAAGACACCGAAUUAAGUGAGGACGACGACGAUGAAGACACGCAGUUGUCAGGAGACAAAGCUAGAAGGUAUUCUAUCGACUUGUUAUCAGAGCUGCUUUGCUCAGAAUCGAAGAGUGAGAAUAUUGAUACUGGACGCAAUGAUUCUUUUGAGCACGAAAGGCUGGAUAGCAAGCAAUAUCAAAAGGAAAUUUUUAGUCCCACUAAUCAGCUGAAAAGAGACGGAUUCCUAAGGGGUUGCACUUUACCGACUAGCACUACCUGUGAAUCAAUAGAAAGUGACAAAUUCAAGCAAUAUGAUAUGACCAAUAUUGUUCAUAGCGAGUUGAGUCCACCACGAAAUCGGAGUGUAGCUGCCGAUCAACGCUUAAAACUCAAGUCAAACCAGAGGAGAAAGGAAUGUGUACGGAACUUUCGUCAAGGGUUGGAGAACACCAAAGAAAUUGUCAAUUCUUAUGAACCUGGGCCAGUCGGAAAAUUGUACAAUAAAAAAUGCAAACCAGGAGGACAGAUCCUGAGCAAAGACACAGGCAAAUUUCGAGUUAGUUCAACAAAUACAGACACUACUUCAGAUCAAUCGGUGCCAACCAGUUCUUCUGUUAAAGAUUGGGCGUGUUUUAAAGACACACGGUCUGCUAGCAAAGGCCAUCAAGGAAAAAUGUGUGAUGCUAUCACCGAUUCGGGAAAGAUGGAAAUUUUUCCAAACCAAGGAGCAUUCUGGUCGGCCAAAGUAGAUUUGCCCCGGAUUGAAGACAACGGUGUAGAUGAACUCUGUCAAGACGUCAGUCCUUCGGAUAUUCUGCGUCGGAAACAGAAGGAGGAAGUGGACACAAAGCUGAUACAGUUGACAAACUGUAGUAGAAAGCAUCACAAACCACGGUCCCCACAUCGGUUGUCUGUGUCUACAAGAAGUCUGAAACCGGUACUUUUGUCUGAAAGUGGGACUAAUGACAGAAGCGCUCAUGAUGCUGUAAAAUUAUACUUAUCUACAAUUGAAAACAACCCGUCUGCGACUACCACAUGUUGUGGUUUAAGUAAUAUGAAAAAAUGUUCUAAUUACUUCACGAAUGACCAAAUGAACAUUCCUAGUUUUGAGGAAUUUCGCGAUUCGAAGGGAACUUCAGCAGAGAACAGCGACAUUUCUCUUCAACCAACUCCUUCUGAAUUGUUAUUGAUAAAAUUACAGUCAGAAAAACCGACACCCCCCUCUGGGCUUUCUAAAUUAGCCUGUGAUGAGGAUGGUAAAAAAAAACAACAACGUACUAACUGCUGUUCAGACAGAGUCGCAUCACUCCACAUACACGACUCCAGUCCCCCGAAACCACUUAUAGAUUCGCCGACAGUUAAUGACCUCAAGACUCCCAGUGGAAGGGGAUCAGUAGAUACUCAAGAGUGCACGACAUCACACGACCUUUUUUCAUCCUUCAGUUCUACAAGUGGAGAAUAUAGUCUGACAAAACAUUCUGACAAAUCCAAAAAGUCCCCACCACAAUGUUCAACAAUUGAUAUACUGCCUUCAAGGAAUAUCGAAAGUUUACCAUUUAUUAAGGAACAUGAAAGUAAAACGAUACACCGCGAAACCCAAAACUACAAAAAUUACAGUAAUACAAAGCAUCUACAUAUUGAAGGCAGUCAGAGAAAUCCUCAAGAGACAUCAGCAUGUCAGUUACCUGCCAAAGUGUCAGAGCAGCCUCAUGCCAGUACGGAUAGUUCCCGUUUUCCAGGUAAGCAAACGGCUGAAAACGAACAGGUCAUUCGGUUUCACAAGGCUGAAGAAGAACGAACCACCACUAUGCGUCCUUACAGAUAUUUUGCCAACAUUGAAUUUGAAAAGACUGUAGAUUUGGUGGAACAGUUUCCCCAGGACUUGGAACCCACAGAUGCAUACAAAUUCUUUGACAAUAUAGCUGAAGAGAAAUUCCUCACUGAAGACACGAAUUUAAAGUUAAAACCAUCACCAGGACCAUCACAGACCCGUGAAAGUAAAAGCAAACAAUCAGUCGAGGAGAACUCCAAUUCAGACCCCACUCUAUGCGUGAGUGAAAACCAAGAACUUGUGAAAGAGAGCAUCAACCCCGACAUGGCCAACGUCGACGUUACACCCAGCCUAGGGAGCCCCCCUUCUUCCACGAGCCAGCAGAUGAUUUCUUCUUUAUGUGAAGACACUCACGGAACAUGGACCACCUUGGAGAUCGAGGAACAGAAAGUCAUCGAAAAUAGAGAAAACAAAGGUUCGAUUGUAAGCAAAGACCCGGUCUCUUGUGAAGAGGCUGAUGUGCAUAACGCGUGUAAACAAGGGGAUCAGGAUGUACCAACCAUUGAAACAAAACCACGCAUCGAGAGCAAUAUAACAAAUGUCCUCCCCGUCCACCCAAACACCUCAGAAUUUGACAACGUACGAGGCGGGGCGCACAGUCAAAACUACAAUAUUCCUACUGACGUGGAACACCACGGACUAAAUUCAAUGGGCAAAAUGUUCGAAAGCUGCCACAUCAGUGAGCUCAAAAGAGGCAGCCAACUGGAGCCAACAAAUGUAAAUCCACAAUGCAUGUUUUGCUCUGAACAAAGCAGAAACCAUUUUAUUUGUCGGCAGAAAGAAUCAGAGCACCAAAGAGAUGGGUGUAAGUGUUGUGAGCAGCGGCAGCCUACCAAUGAGAGGGGGGUCUCGCAACGUAAAAUUUCGCAAUGCGUCACCGAGUUCUUGAAAUGGCAGCAGCAGUUUUCGGAACACAGUGGUUCAUCGGGGAUGGCAGCAAAGCUAGGUUUUGAAAGACCCGAGUUUCAACAUAAUAACUUAGCUAAUACUUUGAACAGACCAACUUGUAUGUCGCCUGCUUGCACACAGCUACAAACACACCCUGAUGAACACCAGAGAAAUACUGAGUGUAGAUUUUCAUCAAGUUCUGUAGAGAUGGACAUCUUGGAGACGUUUCGGACCUUUAUGAAUACAUAUUAUCGAGGAUCAGACGGCCGAGAGGGCUCUGAACUUUCCCAUCAGAGGUCAACUGGUAGGGGCAAAACACGGCUUAUGAAAGAAACGCGCGUUCAGACGUCUCCAACAGAUGAACUGGUGACAUUGUCUAAAACCCAAGGCGCACAAACCGAAGAGGACCUCUGGAGCAAUAGCAAAGACACUGCUUUUCAAAAGGACGUCACGGCUAUAUUAGGCAAACUGAGCGGACUGGAGAACGCUAUCAUCGAUUCCCGACAAGAGCUUGACACCCUUCACACACUGAAAGUACAGUCUGGACUCACGUCUUUCUCCAAAACAUUGUCGGAUCAAAAUGAAGAGCUUCAAAACAAGAUCAUUUCAAAUAUGUAUAAAAUAACUGACGCAAGAGAGCCGGACACCGCCAAAAAGUGCCCUAGCUACGAUGCGAUGAAGAUGCGUAUAGUGGAGCUGACAUCUCAGCGAGACGCGGAGAAGGUCUACCACAAGAUCACCCGAGAGUCUCUGAGGGCGUUAGAGAGAGACCACGAGAGACUGAGGAGCGAAUACGUCAGGGCUACCUACGACUGGAACAGAGUACCUCAGAACAGAUCCAGAACCCGUCGACUACAGUACAUGCUGGACGAUGACCGCACGGCUGUGAGCUCCCUCCACGACAGUCAGCGCCCCAGUGACGUGUACACAAGCAGGCACUCGGACCUUCUCCACCAGGACACCAGCAAGUCCUCCAGAGUCUUUGGGCGCGCUGUCACUGAGCGACGACGUCACAGCGGUCCGGGAUAUGGCCAACAGUCUGGGAAAGAUGAACCCCUACCUCACGUGAAUAAUGCUGGAGAAAGUGAACAAAAUUGGGGGCGUAAUGCGAGGGAGUCUAACGGAAUGGAAGAAACUGUAGUUCACAGAGACACGAAAGAAAAUGAAGCAGGGUGUGUUCGUAACUUUCAGGUACAGCAUGACGAGAUUAAAUCGUCAGCAACUGUUGAUGAUCAGUGUUCCCCAGCGGGGGCCAAUUGGCGCCUCACGACUUUGAGAAAAACACACAUCAAGGAAAAAGCUAGAAAAGGCACUGCAGAUAACAGAUCUAAAGAUGGGGAUGCAAACCCAUUUGAGGGCAAGGACCUUUCCCCUGGCUUAAGAGGGUUAACCAAUGAGUUCAUUAAAGUCCAUAGUCACAAGUGUCCUCGAGAUGCGACAAGGAGACGAGGGAAGAAGCAUCAAUUUGAUCUCGAGUCGUCAGUAGAAAUACAAGACAAAGCAGAAGUCAUGGGUAGCAGGCCAGCAACAGACAAGAAGAAAAGGAAUGACAUUCACAUGCCUUCGGAACUACAUGAAGACGAAACGAGAGAUUCUAGGUCAGAGGAUGACGGAGGACCGGCUACGGAUUCCGUGUCUAAACUGAGUGUCACAUUAUCGGACACGAAUUUCUGAAAGCACUCAUUAUGCUAUGCAAGUAAAAUAUCUUAUAGCACGCUGAUUAGAUAUUUUUCCAUAUGGUGUCAAAGUUCUUGAUUAUUUAUAAUAUUCUUAACUUCUCGUACAAAGCACGGAAAAUGUGCUUCAUAUUAAAUUUAACUCCUAACAAAGUUAUAGGUCUAGUUUUCUUUAUUUAGAUAUUCCCUUCUGUAUGUAAUGAAUAGGAGUGGAGAAAUGAAUAUUUUAUGUUGUGAAGAAAAAGAUUUUAAAGCCUACAGAUAGUGUAUUCUAGAGGUCAGAAUGUGAUGCUGAAUAAA